AUGGGAGCUGUAAGGGGUGAAGUGGCCCUCCCCAUCGUUCAAGUGAUAUUAACAGCCGCUGAAGACAACGAUGGUCAAACCCUAAUGACAUGUGCCUUGCUGGACUCCGGAAAGAAUACCACUAUGCGACUCCGUCAGGUGAUCGUCCUCGACUCCUUCCCUGAAGGUAAAGGUCACCCCAAGGGACCGGUUAUUACUGCGAUCCCACAGGAGGACAGGAGUCCUCCUGUUAAAGAUAUUGAUCUGACAAAACAGGACCUACCAACUGACAGAGCCUUGGGAGUCCUGUGGAGCCUGGAGAGUGAUGUGCUUCAGAUCAGAGUAACUGUACCGAACAAACCGAUCUCAAAAAGAGGUAUGCUAAGCGUCAUGGGGUCAGUAUAUGACCCGCUCGGCUUGUUAGCCCCAUUCACGGUGAGAGCAAAGAUGAUCUACCAAGAAGAAGUGAGACGUCAACGAGGAUGGGAUGAAGAGCUUAGCUCACAGAAUUCCGUAAAAUGGAAUGCAUGGCUCAGUGAACUAAGGGAAUUGGAAGGCUUCUGUGUCAACAGGUGCAUAGUGCCUAUGAAUCUUGGAAAAAUCGGCAGUGUGCAGCUACAUCAUUUCUGUGAUGCAUCCACAAAGGCGUUUGCAGCCGCUUCUUACUUGAGGAUACAAGAUGUGUCGGGCAUCACUCACUGUGCUCUCAUGUUGGCAAGAACAAGACUGGCUCCAAUAAAGACAACCACCAUCCCCAGACUGGAGUUGUCAGCAGCAGUCCUGGCAGCCACAUCAGAUGCAAAAUUGCGGAAGGAGCUCUCUUUGCCUAUUGAUGACUCCGUGUUCUGGACUGAUAGUACUAUUGUUCUGCAGUACAUCAAAAACACCUCCCGUCGAUUCCACACAUUCGUUGCGAAUCGAGUGGGGAUUAUACACAAAAAUUCAUCUCCCCAACAGUGGAGACAUGUAAGAUCAGAGCUCAACACAGCUGAUCCUGCUUCCAGAGGUCUAUCAGCUAUAGAGUUAAUGCAAAGAAAGGAUUGGAAGGAAGGGGCAGAAUUUCUCCUCUUACCUGAAACCUCCUGGCCUCUUCCACCAGAACUUCCUGGGAUUUCAAAUGAUGAUCCUGAAGUUAAGAAUAUGACAAUAUCAUUUGCAGCUGGCGCAAUUAAAGUCGCACCUGUGGACCCACUGUUUGAGCGAUAUUCCUCGUGGUAUAAGCUGCAGCGAAUUGUAGCAUGGCUACGUAGAUUCUGUUCAGCAUGCAGAAAAAAGUGUUCACACCAGGACUCUAACCUCAGCGUUAUGGAGAUCCAAGCGGCGAGGAUGGUUAUCAUCAGACAAGUGCAAAUGACCUGCUUUGCUGAAGAGUUGGACAUAUUGAAGAGAAGAAAAAAUUUGAAGGCAAGCCGCCUUUAUCGUUUGGAACCCCACUUGGAUGACCAGGGCAUGUUACGUGUAGGUGGACGGAGAGUCGAUGAAUAUAUCGACCAGAAUUCUAAAAGGCCACUGAUCUUACCAAAAGAUCAUCCUGUAACCGCCUUAAUAGUUCAAGACAUUCAUGUGUUCCAUGCGAGGCACUCUGGCAGAGAACACACCUUAGCAGAAUUACGGAGGAAAUAUUGGAUAGUGGCGGGUAGGCCUUUAGUCGACCGAAUACUACGUAACUGUUUCACCUGCCGGAGAGUAAAUAGCAAACCCCUGACUCAGAGGCAAGGAGAUUUACCUGUUGAACGAGUUACACCGUGGCACCCCCCUUUCUACCACACUGGAGUGGAUUGUUUUGGCCCAUUUCAUGUAGUAUGUAAAAGACACACAGAGAAGCGAUUUGGUUGUGUCUUUACAUGCUUCAGCACCAGGGCUGUCCAUAUUGAACCCUUGAAGUCUCUAGAUGCUAGCACCUUUCUCAACGCACUUAUGUGCUUUAUAGCCCGUAGAGGAACCCCUAUGAAGAUCUACUCUGAUAGAGGAACAAACUUCUUGAGGGCUGAAAAGGAGCUCCGAGCAACAGUUCAUGCCUGGUCUAAGAACAAAUCCAUUGAUGACACAUGUAAACAGAGGGGCAUUGAGUGGGUUUUCCAGCCCCCUGCAGCAUCCCACAUGGGAGGCGUGUGGGAACGGCAGAUUCGAACCAUACGGAAGAUUCUCUCUUCGAUCAUAGGCAUGCAGAGAAUAGAUGAUGAUCGACUACGAACCUUAUUUUGUGAAGUGUUUCCAGGCCGUUCUGUAGGCGUCGCCGACGAAGAAAUGACCGUGUCUCCGUCGGCAAUGCGCAUGUCGCGUGUCUGCCUUGGGCCUCCUGUGGCUCAACACGUAUGGGAGCGAAGAUUCUUUAGUGUAGAUGUGUUAAAUUGUUCCAAAUUUGGAUCGGGGCUGUUCGUGUUCCCGUAUCGUUUUCGUGGGCUGCUGCCGUUCUGCGACUCGAAUGUAAAGCGUCGAUUUAGCUUGUAA